AUGUCGAUUUUUCAGUACAAGGGUCCUGACCGGAAUGUCAUAAGGAAUUUUUCUCGACAUCUUUUGAAUAGUUUACAAUACCAAAAAUGUGGACACGAGAUUGCAGUGAAAAAGAUUUUCACUUACAAAGCCGAGCGAAUAUCAGAUUCUAAUUUAGAGAAUGACCCAGGAAUAGGUCACCGAAAACGAUCAAGAUACAACCAUAACGAGAGUCUUGCCACUGAAGCGUUACAGUAA